ACAAAAAAAUUUUCAACCUUUUGACGUCUACCUGGAGGGAAUCUCAGAAAGUCGAAAAUGUUUUUUGUCAAAUAGGCACUGCCAUUCGACGCAGCUCACAGAACUAAUCAAAACUACCAAAAAGUUUUCUCUUAUGUCUCUUGAUGACUGCGUUACAGGUACACACCAGAACUCUGUAUGGACUCAAAAUUCUGAGUCCAGUUUAGUCCACGGUCUGAAAAACUCUAGUCCAAUCCAGUCCGAGUCCAUGAAUAACAGUUUUUCUAGUCCAUAAACUCUAAAAAAGUAGUUCAGCCCAGUCCACAAUACGAAAAACAACCUGUUUUUCCUCGAUCCAAGUGAAUCCAAAAUUGUUUUCCAAGUCCAGACCAGUCCAUGGUCUUGAAAGUUGAGUCCAGUCCAAGUUCAUAAACUCAAAAAGUUUCCAGUCCAGUCCAUACGGAGCUCUGAUACACACUUUAUUGUUGCAAGUCGUCUGCUGAAAAAAAAUGCGUUUUUCUGUCUACCAGUUAAGAGAUACAUACUUACGUGUUUUCUCUUAUUCUUCUAGCCAUCAGAGACUGGAUUUUAUGUUUGUUUGGACAUUUGGUCAACAUUUCUCGAUUAUUUGAAAAUAAAACAAGAAACACGUUUUAAUCGUAGUAGUAACAAACAAAAUGAGACGUAGGAUAACUCUCCACCAAAAAGAAAAGUAAACGAUUUAUCUCAAACUACUUGUAUUUUAAUUUUCAACAGAUAUGCUCAAGUAUUACACGUACUAGCGCAAGAAAUGAUUAAACGUAUUCAAUACAAUGAAAAUAAGACACAAUUGGAAGCAUUAACUGAUAAUGGUGCGCUAAAUGAGGAUGACAAUUCGUUUGAUAAAUUUAUUCAAGAAUGUAUUGAUUUGUUAGGAAAAUUAGCCGAUUUUCAACCUUAUGCAGUGAUGCAGUUUCUGAGUACUCCAUUCGAAAGAACAUUAGCACAUUAUAAAAAUAUGGAAAAUGUUAUUGUUAUUCAUUCAAAUGGCAUAAGACAAUUAAACAUUUCUCAUGAUCAUAUUCAAAAUGUUCAUUGUUUUCUACGAGAUUUAACCAGUUUAUUACAAGCAAUUGGACGUUUAAAUGAAUAUUUUUGUGAUGAACAAUUUCAACAACAUUUUAAUGAUGCUCUAACACUUGUACAUCAAUUUGUGCAAAUGAUUGUGUACGCAAAAAAUAUUCGAUUCGAUUUAUUUGACUAUUUGCCACAAAUGUCUAUAAUACAUGACGAUAUUAUUCUUGUUUCUGCACAAUCCAUAAAUUGUUUACGAUGGUAUUCUCGGUGGUUGAAAGAAUUACAUUCCAGUAACGGACGUUAUAAUAAUCAAGAACAUCGAAAAAUAGCGAAAGAUUUAUUAACGGUCAUUAUAGAUUGUUGUGUGAUAUUCAUAGAUCCUCACGUUAUCUUACCAAUUAGUAUGUCGGCAACAAAUUUGUUAUACACAUUAUCAACAUUAAUACGACCAAAUUAUAUUCUACACAUUCCAUCAAUAAAAGAGCUCAUUGAAAGAGUGAUAAAAUGGAAUAGAACCGAAAUGUCUGUUGAGCUUUACACUCUGGUUAUAAAAACAAUUUCUUGCUUAAUCAUAUAUCCCUCAUUGGAUGAUAAACAAUAUUCGACUGAACGGAGUGAACAAUAUAAAUUCUUUAUACAACGAUUAUUUGAACCAUAUGGAAAUUUAAUAAACAUAUUAGACAACGAGCAAAUUCAAAACAAGCAAGUUAUUGAAGCAUUACUAUUCUAUACAAAUUUAUUAUCCGAUCUUGUAUAUACUGUACGCUCAGAAAAUAUUAAAACAAAGCAAAUUUUUUUUUUAUCAAUUCAUCAUCUAAUAUUAUCAUGUAAUCAUUUACUAUCGAUUGUUAUUCAUAGAAAUGCUGAAUGCAGUCGUAUGUUGUUAUCACUAUUUUUUUCAUUAUUUGAAACAAUACGCACACAAAUGGGUGUUCAAUUAAUUGAAACAAUAUUGAAAAAUAUGUUUAAUUUAUUUAAUAUUAAUGACGUGCGAACCAUAUUAGCCGAUUCUGAACAUGCAGCACAUAAUUUAUUGUCAUUGAUUAUCAGCGAACCAGGAACGAAAUAUGGUCACUUUUUAUCAUUAAUAAUCGAUCUUAAUGUAAAUGCAAUAUUUCCAGCACUUCGUGACAAUCCGUCUCUUGAUAUUCGAGAAUCCUAUUUUAAUUUGCUUGGUAUACUUUUAUUGAAUAAUUGGAAAUAUUUUUUCAAAGGAAAUGUGCUAUCAACAUUAAACGAAGAGGUGGAAAAUGUAGAAAAUGAAACAUCUUUUAUGCAAAUAAUGGAGAGUUAUGCUUGGUCUUGUUCACAAACUGAUGUUGAGUUAUUUCGUAAAAAUUUAUCGUCACUAGAAGAAUUGAACCAAAAAUGUGCUCUGUAUAAUAAACAAAUAUUCCAAAUACAUAUGUUAAAACCAUUUUUAACAUUACUAAUAACGGCAUUACUCGCACAUACGCACAAUUUAUGUCGUGAUGAAAUAAUUGCUGGAAUUUAUCACAUGUCAUCACAUCAAAAUAACGCUACAUUUGUCGAAUUUCUUACCGAUUAUCUUUAUCAACAGACACUAACAGAUGAAAAGAAAAAUAUUUUAUUACAGAAUUAUGUCCAUAUUGAAACGGACUUACCAUCAUUUUCAAAAAAUUUAACGAAUUUUAUUCAUGACUAUAGGUACUAUACAGCAAAAAUUUAG